AUGAACUCCGUCCUCGAAUCCCAGCCAUUCUCUCCCUCAGCCUCGGCACGUUGGAUUAACGUGCUCCUGUUCACCAGCCUCGUCCUCAGUCUCGCUGCCGCACUGUUCGGGAUCCUGGCCAAGCAGUGGAUCCGCGAGUACAUGCUUUGGAACUCGCCGCUUGCCACUCCUCGGGAGAAUGUACUAGUGCGGCAGAUGCGAUUCGAGGACUGGGAGUCAUGGAACAUCGAUGCGACGAUUACCGCCGUUCCCGCACUGCUUGAGAUCGCAAUGGUCUUGUUCCUGAUCGGCAUGGUGACCCUUCUGUGGACGCUUGACGACGUUGUCGCGAUUAUCUUGACGGUCAUCGUGUCUGCGUUCCUUCUCACCGUCUCUGCGUUCACCAUCCUCCCC